AUCCAAAAACUAUAACCAAAAAUCAUCCAAACAAACAAAUUGUAUCACUCAUAACAAACAGCCAACAAACCUUUAUUAUUCUUAUCACAAAUCAUCCAAACAAACAAAUUGUAUCACUCAUAACAUCCAACAAACCUAUAUUAUUCUUAUCACUAUUGUCUUCUUCCCCACUUGGCCUCGCAUUGAUCGUUUGAACCUGCAACUGAUGACCGACGACCGACACCAAGAUUUUCCCAAACCUUGGUCCUUACUCUCGUAUAAAUUCGAAACGAACAGUGGAACAAUUUUCUUGCAACCGGACGCACAGCAAACAUGGAUCUGAGAGAAAGCAUCAUCAACCAAAACGACGUGGCAAGGAGGCUGACGAAGCAGCUGGUUCAGACCGAAGGCAAGCAGUCGAACCUCGUGUACUCGCCGCUGUCCAUCCACGUGGUGCUGAGCCUGAUCGCGGCUGGGUCAAAGGGUCCCACCCAGGAGCAGCUGCUCUCGUUCCUCAAUUCAAAGUCCACCGACCACCUCAACUCCUUCGCUUCCCAGCUCGAGUCCGUGAUCUUUUCCGAUGGGUCCCCCGUGGGCGGCCCCAAGCUGGCGUUUGCAAAUGGGGUUUGGGUGCAAAAGGAUCUCCCGCUGAAGCCUUCCUUCAAGCAGGUGGUGGACACUUAUUACAAGGCCGCUCUUGCCCUAGUCGAUUUUCAGACCAAUGCUGCUCAAGUGGAGUCGGAAGUGAAUUCAUGGGCUGAAAAGGAGACGAGCGGCCUUAUCAAGAAUCUACUUCCUCCCGAGUCACUUGACAGCUCAACCAGGCUCAUCUUUACGAAUGCAUUGUACUUCAAAGGAGCUUGGACUGAGAAAUUUGAUGCAUCAGCUACAAAAGAGCAGGACUUCCACCUUCUCGACGGGAGCGCAGUUAAGGCGCCCUUCAUGACCAACAAGAACAAGCAGUAUGUAAGUGCCUUUGACGGUUUCUCAGUCUUAGGGCUUCCUUACAAACAAGGUGAAGACAAGCGGCGCUUCUCCAUGCACAUCUUUCUUCCACAGGCGAAAGAUGGGCUGCCAGCUUUGGUUGAGAAACUUGGCUCUGAGUCCGGGUUUUUAGAUCGAUAUCUUCCCAAACAACCAGUUGCAGUGGGCGACUUCAGAAUCCCAAAAUUUAAGAUCUCAUUUGGGUUUGAAGCUUCCAAUGUCCUAAAGAGUCUGGGACUGGUGCUGCCUUUCGUGGGUCCAGGAGGUCUGACGGAGAUGGUGGACUCGCCCGAGGGUGAGAGGCUAUAUGUUUCCAGCAUAUUCCACAAGUCGUUCAUUGAAGUGAAUGAAGAAGGCACAGAAGCUGCAGCUGCUUCUGCCGGCGUUAUAAGUGAUAGGAGGAUGCCCAUGACAUUUGUGGCUGAUCGUCCGUUCCUUUUCACGAUCAGUGAAGAAACGACCGGAACAGUUCUGUUCAUCGGUAACCUGCUCAACCCUCUUGCCGGCUGAGUGUUACAAUCCCCUGGGAAAAGGCAUCAUGUGUACGUAGAAUAAUACGAGACUAUAGUAAAUAAAAUGUAUGAUCCUUGUAUACAUGUGCUAUGUUUGGUUAUCACCCAAUCACCCUGUACUUGCAGCAGUUGAUCUAUUUGUAGAAUCUUGAUUCUGAAUACUUAUUUUAUGUUGUUACGGCCA